AUUCUAGGGCUCCCGCGCGGAGCGGGUCGGGGUGGCUGCCUGCAGGUCGCCGCUUUGGGGUCAGGGCUCUGGCGGUGGCCGCGGCCUGUGGCCUGGGAUGUACCGCGCUGCCGGUGGAGGCAGGGGAUCCGCGCCCGCGCCAUGGCCAGUACAAUGGUAGCAGUUGGACUGACUAUUGCUGCUGCAGGAUUUGCAGGUCGUUAUAUGUUGCAAGCUAUCAAGCAAAUGGAGCCUCAAGUAAAACAAGUUUUCCAAAGUCUACCAAAAUCUGCCUUCAGUGGUGGCUAUUACAGAGGUGGAUUUGAACCCAAAAUGACAAAACGAGAAGCAGCAUUAAUCCUAGGUGUAAGCCCAACUGCCAAUAAAGGAAAAAUAAGAGAUGCACAUCGACGAAUUAUGCUCUUAAACCACCCAGACAAAGGAGGAUCUCCUUAUAUCGCAGCCAAAAUCAAUGAAGCUAAAGAUUUACUAGAAGGUCAAGCUAAAAAAUGAAGUAAACAUGAAUUUUCAGUUCACAUUAGUGUGUAUGAUCAGCACUUUUUUAUAAUAAAACAACUCAAGAGCUAAUUUUUUUUUUUAAGUCAGAGCUAAUUUUUUAAAAUGAUAUAGAAAAACCUGAAUGAACCCUUGGUAUGAUUUUCUGGUUUAAAUGUGAAACUUUUAUAUCACACUUUAGCUGAAUAUUCAGUAAAUGACAUAUUCACAUUUGGGUAGAAAUCUUGUUCGUUAUUCAUUUAGCAAAUAAUUCAGUACCUGUAUGUACUGUUAAGGGUAGGUCUUGACUCAGGAGACCCCCACCCCAGUCAAAUGGAAGGUUAAUAAAGCUGUAAUUACCCAUUCAAUCUAAUGGUGGAAUUAACACAAAAUAAUAAAGCAGACCCUCUUGCAACUA